AUGAAAAUGUUCGGCGUGAAACGGAUGAUCGACGAUAGGGUUAAAAACGUCAAAAAAAUGGUCAACGACAUGGUAACCGACGCGGUGGACAGGGCGUACAAAGGAGGUUUGUUCUCAAUGAUAAUCAUCACCAUCGUGUGGGUGUCCAUAUUUUUGUACAUAGCGUUCUAUUAUGCGUACAUGCCGUCGCUCGUGUUGAGCCGACCUAUUCACAUGCAAUUCAAAUCCUGUUACAGCAGUAAAGGUUUAUGUGAUUAUCCAUCAGCUCAUAUUAAACUUUCCAAAAAUCAGCAAAUGCUAAUGAUUGGUCAAAAAUAUAAAAUGAUUGUUCAUAUUGAGUUACCAGAAUCUCCAGUAAAUGAAGAAAUUGGAAUGUUUAUGGUAUGCAUUCGUUUGAGUGAUAAAUACAGUUAUCUAGUAUCAUCUUCCUGUCGAUCUAGUAGAUUAAAGUAUAAGAGUAAUCUUUAUCGUAUUAUUCAUACACUUUUCAUGGCCCCAUUUUACUUGAUAGGAUUGUCUGGAGAAAAUCAAGUAAUACAGUUGGAAAUGUACUCAGAUUUUGAAGAAGAUCAAUUACAUCCAAUCACAGACAUUUAUUUAGAGAUUUUGGAUCAUGAUAUUCAAAUUUACUCUUCUAAAAUAAACAUUAUUGCUAAUUUGAAAGGUUUACGGUACCUGAUGUUUCAUUGGCCAAUAUUAUCUGCCUUUUUAGGAAUUGGAUCAAAUCUUUUAUUUGUAUUUUUUGUGUUUUCAAUGUCAUGGUCACAUAUAUAUGGAUCAGAAGUUUAUAGAAAUGAAUCAAAUGGUAUUUUUAGCCGAAAUAUAUUUAAAUCUGAUUAUGAACAGUUAGUUGAAUUAGAUUCUGAGGAUGAAUCGGAAGAAUCCGAUGAAAUAUGUAAAAAAGGUGUUUUGUCUUACAGCUACUUAGACUCAGAUCUAAUGACUCCUGAGCAAUAGAUUAUAUUUAAAUUUACUACUGUUUAUACAUAUUUUGAUAUGUUUACCUACUAGUUAAUAGUAUUUUUAGGGGUUCAAUUUGGGUAAUAUU